UGAAGAGUAGUGGAGCGUCGUUUUCUGGAGCUGCUGAUCCCAGUGAUGCUGACCGCUCAAGUGUUGCAUGCUGAAGAAUCCCGACGCUCUGUGAGUGAGCUUUAAAGGAUGAUAGGAUGAAGGCUGGAAACGAGGGGAAAUGAAGAUGAAGAUAAGAGUGUGCCAAGGGGUUAGUGGCAUCAUCAUCGUCGCCAUGGUUACCAGUUUGAUGUUGAUGUACAACAGCAGCACUGGCGAAAGAUCGUCUUCCUCAUCGGCAUCAUCAGCACCGUCCAACCGUUCAGAUGGUGCGGUUACAUCCACGAAAAAGCCAGAGAUACCUAAGAGACUCCAGACAGCAGCACUUCAGGGGUACACAGGUGUCAUGGAUCGAAAGCCUCUGAAGAUGCACUGCAGGACCUGUGCUCUGGUGACCAGCUCCGGCCAGCUAACGGGGAGCAAGAGAGGCGAAGAAAUAGACAGCAACGAGUGCGUAAUCCGUAUGAAUGACGCCCCCAGCAUAAACUAUCAGCGGGAUGUUGGCCGACGUACAAACCUGCGUGUCGUGGCUCACUCCAGCCUGCAGAGGGUCCUGCGGAGCCGACAGCAGCUGCUUAACGCCAGCCAGGACACGGUUUUCAUCUUCUGGGGACCCAGCAGCUGCAUGAGGCGGGAUGGAAAAGGCCACGUUUACAACAACCUCCGGCUGUUAAACCAACUCCUACCAAGGCUUAAAGUCUACAUCAUUUCUCGGACCAAAAUGCUAAAGUUUGAUGAACUGUUUAAAAAGGAAACAGGGAUAGACAGGAAGAGCUCCAACUCCUGGCUUAGCACCGGCUGGUUCACCAUGGCGAUAGCCGUAGAGCUGUGUGACCGGAUCAACGUGUACGGCAUGGUGCCACCUGAUUUCUGCAGAUCCUCCUCUCAUCCCUCCUUGCCGUAUCAUUACUACGAGCCCUCGGGACCCGACGAGUGCUCCAUGUACCUGUCCCACGAGAGGAGCCAACGAGGAAGCCACCAUCGCUUCAUCACGGAGAAGGCUGUGUUUGCAAACUGGGCUCGAACCCUCAACAUCCACUUUCACCAGCCGGACUGGAAGCCAGCUGCCGUCAUGAACAGCUCAUACACUCCUGUUCCAGCUGGAUCCUGAGAUUCAGAUGAUCCCCAGAAGUGUGUGUGUGUGUGGAAGGUCUCCAGAUCUGAGUCCUCUCUCCGGACUACAUGAAUGCAUGAGACAGCAGUAGGCAACUGUUGUGCCUGUUAGCCGAAGCAGCUUGGCAGAAUGGGAUCAUUGCAUAAUAGCAGCACAACGCCCCAACAAUGCUUUGGAAGUGUUACUAUACUAGGAUGAAUUUCAAACAGGUGUCAAAGCCAUGGAGGGUGGUUCAAGUGUUAUAUUUAUUCUGUGUAGUGCUGCUUUAACGACACUCGAGUUGUCAGAGAAUUGUCAGUUGUUGUGAACUCAAUUCAGACUCAUUGAGGACACCGAGGUCAUGUCCUCACCAUUUUUUUGUUUCUCAUCAGUUUACACUUUACAAUCACGCACAAAUAAAACAUGUUUUUCAACGAUGA